GAAUAGCCUUCUUCGUGAAUAUUCUAGAGGGCUAUGCAAGUGUCGUAUUUAGAUAGACUCCGACUCACUGACUCACUCGGCUCAUGUUUGGGGGUUUUUUUUUAAACUUAUGGCAAUUGCUCUCUGUUUGCUAUAAGCAAGUAGCCUACUAAUUACUGAGAGAGAUUUGUCUACUGGCAUCAUGUGCAUAAAACUUGAUCUCAAAUCUUCAUAACACAACUUUUUAAGCCUCUUUGCAUUGUAACAAUCCCAUAGCUACCAGAGAAUACCUGAGAGAAAUGAAAGUCAAUCACUUUUCCAUACUAGUGGCUGCACUGACUCUUGCCAUUAACGGGGGUAUGUGCAGUCCUAUCACCACUCAAACAAGUCCCAACAGCGAAGUUAUUUCUUACAAUCGGUUCGACCUCAUGAUUCAAGAUUUACAGAUGGCUGUGCACAACUUGUUCUUCAAAGAGAACCCCACCAGCAGGACUGAUACUACCUCAUCCCCGUUAGUGCUAGAUGUUAACUACAAUAAAUAUAACGUCGGGGAUGAACCUGAUGUAUUGGUGGACUACGGGGCCCCUUUCACUGGCUGUUUCGGCAUGUUCCGUGACGCUAAAGAUUGCCAAUCAGAGAAACCAAACGAUUCUGUAGUGAGUGAAGAUCCCACUAAUCCUAGUAACCGAGUUAUGAGUAUCAAGUUUGCCGGUGGAGUGUAUGGGACAGAUGCGCCGAAUACUGGUGGUCAAUUUUAUUCUAAUACACUACAGAACUUGGACGGAUUGAGAGAGGCAACUCUCGAAUACUCAGUAUACUUCCCCGAAGAUUUUGAUUUCAAGAUGGGUGGAAAACUUCCUGGCAUGCACGGCGGACCAGAGCUCGAGUGCAGUGGAGGCACGAACGCAGACGGCUCAAAUUGUUUCUCCACGCGUCUGAUGUGGCGAGAGGAUGGAGAAGGAGAAGCAUACCUCUACAUACCUAUGGACUAUCAGACGGAAGAAUUGUGUGCGCAAUGCGCAUAUCCCGAGAUGGUUAGUGGCUGUAAAGAUGUCGCACACUGUUCGCUGGACAGAGGAGCGUUCACUUUUUCAAAGGGAAAGUGGAAUACUGUCAAGCAAUAUAUUCGUUUGAAUACAGUAGGGUCGAAUGAUGGCUUUUUCAAACUGUACCACAAUAAUAAUCUGGUGAUGAAUCAGGAGCUGGUGUAUCGCACGUCGGACAAAGUUGGCAUCAAUGGGUUUUUUUUCUCCACAUUCUUCGGUGGAAGCUCCCAGGAAUAUGCACCUAAGGAUGACCAGGUAUCGAUGUUCAAAAAUAUCAGACUAUACGCAGGUGAGGCGUAAAAUACUAUGGGCCUAAAUUUUUAGACGGACGGAUUCGAUUACGUUGUAAAUCUUUGAAGGAGGUGACAUAAGUACGUUUCCGCACAUAUUUGCCUGGCUAGAUCACGACAGAAUUGUGACAUCACUCAAAUGCUUCACUUCAGGUUGUGCAAGCUAUUGUGUUUGUGACUACAGGUAUAGCGGUUGCAACUGUGUGCACGCAGAUCUGGAGGCUUUCCCAUCUAUGGCCUGCUUGCUGCUACAAUCAAGCAUAUAUACCAGCAAGCCGGACCAAGGUAUUCGAUUGGAUCACGAAUCUGAUUUCGUCUGUUCUCGGCGUUCUAGGGCGUGUUUAGAUUAAUAGAACUUCUAGGCUGCGGGCAUAUUUGGGCAGGACUGUACUCUGCCAUGUAGACCACCUCAACAGCAUAACACUAGGUAUGCAGAGUUACUCUGCGUUUUAUAUCAUAUUAUAUUCAGAUGCGUGCACGAAUAACCAAAUCGCACAUGAAGCGGCAGCACUGUUUGGCAUCAGUAGACAUCAAAUGAUUAAAUUUUCGAGCUUUUACAUUACUCAAUGUUUACAAUUACAUGGCAGUCUAGUUUCUCUCGAUCAAGUACUAACUGCCAAGCCCAAUUCACGAUAUAACGGGCAAACUACAAGAAGCAUUGGCGAACAGAUUUACG